GUUGAUUCCCCCAAAACUCAGAAACCGCUUAGAUAGCUCCACCCGUAGAAUUGUUGAAAUCGUUCAGAAUGGAGGCGGCGGCGGCACUUCGAUCUUCGGUUGGCAUCUACCGCGGACCAGUCAAUUCAGGCUUCUUCUCCACCCGUACUGCGCCAGAUUUAGUUGGAUUUGGAUUCAAAUCCUCCGUUUCUGCUCCUUGGAUCAAAGUAAGCUUAUC